AUUAUCAGCUUUCGGCACACCUCAGAAGUUUACACCUUUAACGACUGUGUAGAAAACAUUGGGCGGAAUAGAGCAAUCCACACAUCAACGUGCAACACUUCGGAGGGUAUGCUUGAGUAAGGAACAAGGACCCGUUGUGAAAAAGUGUAAGACGAUGUCACUUGACAAUGUCAUUUUGAGGUUCGUUAAAAUUACUAAAAAUGCCUUCACUCCAAUUCGAUGUUCCAAACUGGCCGCGGGAUACGAUCUGCGUAGCGCCUAUGACUAUACUAUUCCAGGCAGGGGCAAACAGCUGGUAAAAACAGAUAUCCAGAUAGCUUUGCCGGACGGAUGUUAUGGACGUAUAGCGCCGAAGUCAGGCUUAGCAACCGAACAUUUCAUAGAUAUUGGAGCGGGCGUUAUAGAUCAGGAUUACCGUGGAAAUGUGGGCGUGGUCAUGUUCAACCAUGCAGAGACAGAAUAUAAAGUAAGCAAAAAAGACAAGAUUGCCCAGCUGAUCUGUGAGAGGAUAUACAUUCCUAAACUAGAAGAAAAAGAGAAGUUGGACGACACAGAUCGUGGGUCUGGUGGAUUUGGAUCAUCAGGGAAAAACUGAAGAGUGCAAAGAAAACGUGGAGGAUGUUUAGCGGACGAUGUUUAAUGGAAGAUGUUCAGUUUUGUUUUCUUUUUCAAUAUCUGCCGGAAAUUUCUAACUUCAAAUAAAUGUCAGCAGCUGUCAUUUUGAUUAUGAACUAGUCUUAAAUAGGAAAGGGAGAUCACUCGUUUUACUUUCAACAUCACGAAUUCCAAGGGACAAUUCAGACAAUGACAUUAACAAUAUGCUAGUAUACAUCAGAUGGUAAGGGACGAUUCAGAUAAUGACAUUAACAAUAUGCUAGUAUACAUCAGAUGGUAAGGGACAAUUCAGAUAAUGACUUUACCAAUAUGCUAGUAUACAUCAGAUGGUAAGGGACAAUUCAGAUAAUGACAUUAACAAUAUGCUAGUAUACAUCAGAUGGUAAGGGACAAUUCAGAUAAUGACAUUAACAAUAUGCUAGUAUACAUCAGAUGGUAAGGGACAAUUCAGAUGACAUUAACAAUAUGCUAGUAUACAUCAAAUGGUAAGGGACAAUUCAGACAAUGACAUUAACGAAAUGUUGGUAUUAAUCAAAGUUAUAUAGAGUAGUGAUUUCUAACUACAAUAGUAAUUGAAUCGCCUGUUAUUGACCUAUUUAAUGAUACAUGAGAAAUCUAUGUAUAUUUCCAUAUCAAUCAGAUUGUAUAUAUAAACAAUGUUUAACUAGAUUUGGUAAGUUACAAUGUAUAUCUAGAAAGUUAUGUACUAUGUGUCUUUGUAAUGCCAUCACUCAUUUAAGGAUUGAAUCUUGAUUUGGUCGAUUUCAUGUGGUCAUGAAUUGAAUUGCUCUUGGGACAAAUCGCUGAACUACGAAGCAGGUCAUGUUGAAUUUGUCUCAAGAGCAACUCAAUUCAUGACCACAUGAAAUCGACCAAAUCAAGAUUCAAUCCUUAUAUUUCAAUUGGGUUUUUUUUCGAAUACAAAAGUCGGUCUAGAUAUUAAUGUCUUGAAUCUUAUGCAAGCCCAAAUGCGGAAAUGCCCGAGGAGUUCCGAAUUGUGCAUGUCUAGUCGGUCGAGUAUAUAUAGUCCGCCAUUUUAGGAUUAAAAGCAGUAUUAUUUUGUCAAAAUAUAAGUAUUUAGCAUAUCUGGUUUUUCAUGAAAUACAAGAAUACAUUAUAAAUUUGAUAAUUUUAAUAAUUAUUCCAUGUUUAUAACAAUGUAGAAAAUGUGAAAUCGUUCCGCGGAAGGAUUUUGUCUAGGUAUUCAAACGCACUGAUCAGUGUUAAUCUGGUCAAAUUCAUGAGCAAAUGAAACCGAUUAAGUUUGGUAGUUUCAAUGAGUCUAACUUUAGUAGAAAUUGAAAUAUUGAUCAUUGUAAUGUCAACACUCAUUGAUCAUUGUAAUGACAACACUCAUUCAUCAUUAUGUCAUCACUUAUUCAUCAUUUUGACAUCUCUCAUUGGAUCAUUGUAAUGUCAACUCAUUGAUCAUUGUAAUGAAAACACUCAUUGAUCAUUGUAAUGUCGACACUCAUUGAUCAUUAUGUCAUCACUCGUAAAUCAUUAUGUCAUUACUCAUUGAUCAUCAUUAUGUCAUCACUCAUUGAUCAUUAUGUCAUCAAUCAUUGGAUCAUUGUAAUAUCAUCACUCAUUGAUCAUUGUAAUGUCAACACUCGUUGAUCAUUGUAAUGUCAACACUCAUUCAUCAUUAUGUCAACACUCAUUGUAAUGUAAACACCCAUUGAUCAUUGUAAUGUCAUCACCCAUUGAUUAUUGCAAUGUCAACACCCAUUGAUCAUUGUAAUGUCAUCACCCAUUGAUUAUUGCAAUGUCAACACUCAUUGAUUAUUGUAAUGUCACUCAUUUAUCAUUCUAAUGUCAACACUCAUUGAUUAUUGUAAUGUCACUCAUUUAUCAUUCUAAUGUCAACACUCAUAGGGUCAAUGUCAUCACUCAUUGAUUGUUUUGUCAACACUCAUUCAGUCAUUGUUUUAUGUCAACACUCAUAGGGUCAAUGUCAUCACUCAUUGAUUAUUGUAAUUGUCAAGAGACAUCAAUCAUUAAUCUUUGUAACGUCAUCAAUCAUACAUCAUUGUAAUGUCAAAACCAUAAAUCAUCAAUAUAUAAACACAUUGAUCGUUUAACGUCAACAUUCAUUGAAUCAUUGCAAUGUCAACACUCAUUGAACGUUUUAAUGCCAUUUUGAAACUUCUUAAGUUCCAAAAAUGGGGUUCAGAUCAAAUUUGCUUUGACUGGUCUCGAGUGUUGUUAUUUUUCGGGUCAGUCCAAAAUGCAUGAUGGCCAUCACCAUCAUCAUGGCAGCCAUUUGAAAAAUAUUUUUUUAAAUUUUUUUCCUGCAGUUUCACUGGUGCCAUAGAACUGGAGUACGGGAUAAAAUUAUCACGUACCUUUCAACCACGGGAUAACCUUGUGAAAUAUUUGAGAAAGGGAAUUCUCCCACCAGCACUAGUUAUAGGUCUAUAAUUUACUACACUUACUUGUAGUUAAUACCAAGUAACGAAACUUAUGUCAUAUCACCAUCGAUUCAGCAAUAGCAGAAGGGACGAAAUAUUAACACAAGAUGAUGAACAUUAUGUACCAUGACACAAGUUCUGGUCGCCAUCAGGGUGAGUGAACAUACUAUAUAGAUCAGUGUUUAAACUACAGAUGUCAACUUUAAAAUAAUGAAAAACAUACAAUAAAGACUCGGAGCUGUGACUAUAUAGUUUAAUGACAAUACAGAAAGGCAAGAUACAUUAUUGUUAUACAAACAGUUAAUGUCCCACUGUACGCUACCAGACCAGGCUCAGUAACUGACCAGUAUACCAGGCUCAGAAAUUGUCCAAUUUACCAGGCUCAGAAACUGACCAGUAUACCAGGCUCAGAAACUGACCAGUAUACCAGGCUCAGAAAUUGUCCAAUUUACCAGGCUCAGAAACUGACCAGUAUACCAGACUCAGAAAUUGUCCAGUAUACCAGGCUCAGAAACUGACCAGUAUACCUGACCAGACUCAGAAAUUGUCAAGUUUACCAGGCACAGAAACUGACCAGUAUACAAGACUCAGAAACUGACCAGUAUACCAGGCUCAGAGACUGACCAGUAUACCAGGCUCAGAAAUUGUCCAGUAUACCAGGCUCAGAAAUUGUCCAGUUUACCAGACUCAGAAAUUGUCAAGUAUACAAGACUCAGAAACUGACCAGUAUACCAGGCUCAGAAACUGACCAGUAUACCAGGCUCAGAAACUGACCAGUAUACCAGGCUCAGAAACUGACCAGUAUACCAGACUCAGAAACUGACCAGUAUACCAGACUCAGAAAUUGUCCAGUUUACCAGGCUAAGGAAUCGUCCAGUUUACCAGACUCAGAAAUUGUCUAGUAUACCAGACUCAGAAACUGACCAGUAUACCAGGCUCAGAGACUGACCAGUAUACCAGGCUCAGAAAUUGUCCAGUAUACCAGGCUCAGAAACUGACCAGUAUACCUGACCAGACUCAGAAAUUGUCAAGUUUACCAGGCACAGAAACUGACCAGUAUACAAGACUCAGAAACUGACCAGUAUACCAGGCUCAGAGACUGACCAGUAUACCAGGCUCAGAAAUUGUCCAGUAUACCAGGCUCAGAAAUUGUCCAGUAUACCAGACUCAGAAACUGACAAGUAUACCAGGCUCAGAAACUGACCAGUAUACCAGGCUCAGAAACUGACCAGUAUACCAGGCUCAGAAACUGACAAGUAUACCAGGCUCAGAAAUUGACAAGUAUACCAGACCAGGUUCAGAAAUUGUCCAGUAAACAGUAUACUUGACUAUUUCUGGCCCAAGUCCGAUAUACUGGACUUUUUCUGACAAGGUCCAGAAAUAUAGUCCCACUAUACCAGACAAGGCCCAGGGGUAGUCUUUAUACCAGAUCUGGCCCAGAAAUAGUCCAAUUGUAUCCGGCUGAGAAAGAAAGUAGUGGUUGUCCAAAACAAGUAUCGGGAUGUUACCAUGGAGAGGCAGACAUCCCUUAGGUAUAUCACAACAUUGUUUUGUUUUGUUGGUAUAAAAUUUCAUGGGGAAAAAUAAAACAACAUAGCCUUUUAGAGUAUUUCAUGCAAAGGUAUAUAAAUUCUGGCCAAAUACAGACCCCUAUAAAA